AUGGUUCAAGAGAGAAUAAAAAACUGUAUUCCGUGCCAAGCUGCAACACAAGGUACCAUGGCAAAACCAGAACCAUUGAAAAUAACCCCACUAGCAAAAGCACCAUGGAACGAAAUUGCUAUUGACUUCGUUGGUCCCUUUCCAUCGGGCGAAACACUACUUGUAGUCAUUGAUGAAUUCAGCAGAUUUCCGGAAAACGAAAUUCUCCAUUCCACAACAGCUGUCAUACCCAAACUCGAUGGUAUUUUCUCUAGACAAGGGAUACCCAAAGUCGUAAAAUCAGACAACGGCCCACCGUUCAAUAGCGCAGAAUUCGCAAACUUCGCCAGUUUCCUUGGUUUUCAACACAGAAAGGUUACGCCCUAUUGGCCCCUAGCUAAUGGUGAAGUCGAAAGUUUUAUGCGAACCCUCGAAAAAGCAAUCCGUACAGUCCAUUUAGAGAAAAAGAAUUGGAAACAAGAAAUGAACGUAUUUCUACGCCAGCAUCGUGCAACUCCACACAGCACCACCUACACAUCCCCAUCUGAAGCUCUAAACAGCCGAAAACUGCAAACGCUUCUUCCCCAGCUCACCGAAGUUCCCAAUCCUGAAGCAGAUAAUUCCAUCCACGAAACGGACAGUGAGAAGAAAAUAAAGAUGAAGGAAUACGAUGACAAACGACGAUGUUCUGAAACCAGCGAAAUAAAAGUAGGAGAUACAGUCCUAAUCCAACAACCGAAAUUAAAGCAAACAAGUUGUCCACUCCUUUUGAUCCAAGUCCUUACAAGGUCGUAGCGAGAAAAGGAAGUAUGGUCACUGCUGAACGUGGUUCUCAGAAAGAUACCCGCAACGUUUCGUUUUUCAGAAAAAUCAAAGCUACCUUCAUCCCGGAAGAUGCGACAGUCGAUGAAUCCGAUGAUCCAAUCCCACAUUCCCAACACAACUUGAAGCAACAAGUUGCACAACCACCUCCCAGAAGAUCUCAACGGAACAGACAACCUCCCAAGAGACUGAGAUAUUAA